AUGGCGCCUAUUCACCUUGGUAUUCUGGUCUAUGACUACCAGGCGAUUGAUGUUGUCGGCCCAAUCGACCUCCUUCACUCCGCUAAUUCUGCGUUCUUGGAAGUGUCCAAAAUGUUUGGCCCCGUCAAUGACGAUGCUAUCUCUCAGGCGCCAGACUUUGUUUUUCACCAUUGCCAUUACCCUUACCUCAACUACAACGGUGGAUCAGUGUCCCGAGCUCGAUAUUAUCUUGCUUGGGGGCCGAAUCCCGAGGGCUUCAAGCUGCACCCGAAAUAUAUUGAUCUCAUCCGUCAACAUAUCAAUGCAGGAAAGUUGCUUUUCACGACAUGCACUGGCUCAGCCGUACUUGCAUCUACAGGACUUCUCGAUGGAAAGAACGCAACUAUCAACCAUGCUGGGUAUAAAUGGGCGAAAGAGAAUUAUCCUGCCGUCAACUGGACUAAGGAAAAGAAAUGGGUUGUUGACGGGAAUAUCUGGACUGGAGCUGGUGCUGUUGCAGGAAUGGACAUGGUUGCCUGUUGGCUCAAGGAGCAAUUCGGUCUAGAGAUUCUUACAUAUGCUGCCCGGAAUCUGGACUACGAGCCUCGGGGCGUUGAUGGUGUCUCACCUGUGAUUCCUCGGAGAUAUGACGAGAGCGGAAAGCAGAUCAGCACCCAUGAAUUUUUCUAUUAUUAG